UAAUGUAAUUGUCUGUAAUGGCUUUUGGGUGUCGAGAUCUCAAACAGGACAAUCUGAAAGGUUGGAAAGAGGCAAUACACACGGAUAACUCUAGAGGCAGAUAUAUAUUUGUAUUUAUUUCAUACAGUACCAUUAAAUAAAAAUAAAAGUUAAACACGCAAACACACAAAGGUAAAUUAGCUCUAUGACUCCUUGACCUGCAUAAAUAUAAAUGUUUAGAACGUUAUAAAACAAACAGCCCUGUCGGUGCAGCCCUCUCCGUGCAGCCUCUGGCUCUGCAGACACAUACUAUUGUCUGGGUUCGCUGGGUUUUCCUUUAGGCUAUUACACGUAAAUUGACUACUAGUGGCGAAUCUUCUCUAACAUAGGAGAUCUCUGAUACUGGUGUCAACUUCACUGCUAUGGUUCACUUUCUUAAACCUGAGUAGGUAGUUUGAGACGAGGGUGUCCUCUCUUCGCGAGUACGGUAUUUAGGCUGCUGUCAGUUUUAUUUUUAACGGAGGAAUAAUUCAACAGGAAGUUGUUUCGUACUCCUGCGGACACCUGGCUGGACAGUGAGGUACUGAGCCAACAUGGCAUCGUUGGUAACCUGACGCAACGUAGCUCACAGUCUGCCGGUAGCUCUUUGACAUAGCUAGCUGACUAUGUAGGUGUAAAUGUGUUAGACUACUGUUGUAACCUCACAGGACAGUCAUUUGUGACGAAGUGACAUUUAAUUUCAGUAGGUACUGAACAGCCGCUUUAUUUUUGCGUGUAGCUACGAGAAAAUAAAAUAGCAAUAAAAGUCGUCUCUAAAAUCUUGAAAUGUUCUUUUUAUUUCAGGAUUUGUUAUAGCACAUGUAAGGCAUGAUUUGAGCUUGGAUCAAAUUCCCUCCGUUUAGUCUUGUUGCUAACCACUUAGAGUUGUAUUUUAGUUGUAUAUUAUCUGGGACAGUCAAACUCUGGAAGUAUUUAUCCUUAUCACUCUUCCCUUAAUAUUAUCAUGGGAAUCAGAGUAGCUGUGAGCUGCACUGUGUUAUUCAUCCUGCUGGAUGUUGUCGUCUCCACUGUCCUUUAUACACAUGGAUCACACUUGAGCUUCUUUACAAAAGAUGCCCUGAACUUUAACAUCCUCGAGUCUGCGUUGGACCUGUGGUUGACUGUGCUGCUCAGGACCUCCUUCCUGUUAGGAGCCUCCAUAGGGAUCUCAUGGAACCAGGUGCAUGGCCCUCAGAGGGCUGCUAAAUUCACCACCCUCAUUCUCCUCAUGUCCCUGAUCAUCAUCACCUAUGCUCUGACCAAACUGCUGAUGCUGACUGAGCUACAUCCUGUCACCCAAGAUCCCUGGAUCCUGAGCCUGAUAUGUUGGACUUGUGCCUCCUCUCUGGGUGUCAUGCUGCUCUGGGGGCAGCUGGGGAAGAAGUCCAACUUUGUGAGCAGCAGCAGCAGAAGGGGAGGAAGAAGGGGCUCUGAGGACACGGAGAAGUUGUUGGAGACAGCUGGUGAAGAGGAGCAGGAGGCUCGCUGUCAGAGGAAGAAGAAGGAGGAGAAGACCAGCUCUCCAGCCACACUGGGACGCCUUCUGGCCUACUGCAAAAAGGAUGGUGGUCUGCUGUCUGUAGCUGUCCUCUUCCUCCUCAUCUCUGCAGUUUGUGAAGCCUUUAUUCCGUACUACUAUGGGAGGGCUAUAGACAGCAUUGUGGUUCACCAAAGCAUGGAGUACUUUGCUAAACCUGCGAUCACUCUGGUAUCACUAGCAUUAGCUAGCUCUCUUGCAAUGGGAGUGCGAGGUGGAGUCUUCACCCUGACUUUUGCGAGAUUAAAUCUUCGGCUCAGGAACCAUCUCUUCAGAACUCUGAUGAGGCAGGAAAUUGCCUUUUUUGAUGAAAACCACACAGGUGACAUCAUUUCACGCCUGUCAGCUGACACCACCCAGAUGAGCGACCUCAUCUCCGUUAAUAUCAACAUCUUCCUGCGGAGUAUCAUCAAGGGUGUUGGCUUCUUGAUCUUCAUGUUUGGGAUGUCCUGGAAGCUCACAAUGGUGGGCAUCAUGGGAUUCCCUUUCAUUGGACUCGUCUCACAACUUUACGGCGAAUAUUACAAGAAACUGACCAAAGAAGUGCAAACAAUGCUUGCAGAGGCCAAUAAAGUUGCAGAAGAAACCAUCUCAUCCAUGAGGACAGUACGGAGCUUUGCUAAUGAGAGCGGGGAGGCCGACUCCUACUAUGCCAAGCUGUUACUCAUGUUUCAGCUCAACAAAAAGCAAGCCCUGGCCUACUCUUGCUACGUGUGGUCCAGUUGUAUCUCAGAGCUUGCUCUAGAGGUUGCUGUUCUCUUCUAUGGAGGUCACCUUGUGGUUACCGGGCAGAUGAGCAGUAGUGAUUUGAUAUCUUUUUUCAUCUACAUGCUCGAGAUUGGAGAAUGUCUUGAGAGCAUUGCAUCAGUGUACACGGGCCUCAUGCAGGGAGUUGGAGCUGCUGAGAAGGUUUUUGAGUAUCUGGAUAGGAAACCUAAACACCCAGCUGAUGGGGCAGAGGCUCCAGAAACAUGCACCGGUCUUGUUGAAUUUAAAGACAUCAAGUUUGCCUACCCAACCCGUCCUGAGACUGAUAUUCUUAAGGGAGUGUCAUUUACUCUGCGACCUGGAGAGGUAACUGCUCUGGUAGGACCUUCAGGCAGUGGAAAAAGCUCCUGUGUGAGUCUGCUGGAAAAUUUCUACCUUCCUCAGGAAGGCCAAGUGCUGCUUGAUGGAAAGCCUGUUCACACUUUACAGCAUGGCUACCUCCAUUCCAAGGUGGCUCUUGUGGGCCAAGAACCGGUACUGUUUGCCCGGACGGUUGAGGAGAAUGUCACCUAUGGCCUGACUGACGUCCCCAUGAAGGCUGUGGUGCAGGCUGCCACCAAGGCUAAUGCUCACGAUUUUAUCACCACCCUGCCUAAAGGCUAUGAUACAAGUGUUGGAGAGAAGGGCACCCAGUUAUCAGGGGGGCAGAAACAGAGGGUAGCCAUUGCAAGAGCUCUGAUCCGCCAGCCACGUGUUCUUAUCCUGGAUGAGGCGACCAGUGCUCUGGAUGCAGAGAGUGAACACAUUGUUCAGCAGGCUCUGAACAACAUGCAGGAGCACACAGUGUUGGUGAUAGCUCAUCGACUGAGCACAGUGGAGAAGGCAGAUAACAUCAUCGUGAUUGACAAGGGCUGUGUGGCUGAACAGGGCUCUCACAGUCAGCUGAUGGCCAGCGGUGGACUCUAUUUCAAGCUGGUGCAGAGGCAGGUCCUGGGCAUUGAGACAGGGGAUGAAGUCCUGAACCCACCUGAAAAUGUCAGGUGGAAGUCUAAUGGAGGACAUCAGAGGAGAAAACAAAGCAGCAGCAGUGCCAGCGAGUCUGAGUUCAGUCUGCGCUACUGAGAACAAACAGCGGUUUGUGGAAUUAGUUUCGGUCAUAGACAGAAAACAGAAAUUACACAAUAAAAUACUUAACCCGAAACUGAAAAUCAGAGUCGUAGUAUACACUACCGUUCAAAAGUUUGGGGUCAAUUAGAAAUGUCCUAUUUUUGAAAGAAAAGCGUUUUUUUUUUUCAAUGAAGAUAACAUUAAAUGAACGAUAAAUCCAGUGUAGACAUUAUUAAUGUGGUAAAUGACUAUUCUAGCUGGAAACAGCUGAUUUAUAACGGAAUGUCUACAUAGGGGUACGGAGGAACAUUUCCAACAACCAUCAGUCCUGUGUUCUAAUGCUACAUUGUGUUAGCUAAUGAUAUUGAAAGGCUCACUGAUGAUUAGAAAACCCUUGUGCAAUUAUGUUAGCACAUGAAUAAAAGUGUGGGUUUUCAUGGAAAACAUGAAAUUGUAUGGGUGACCCCAAACUUUUGAACUAUAGUGUAUGUUAAUGAGAAAUCUGGUCAAAUUAGCCUGUCUGCUUCUACAGACAGUGAGUAGCAAUAUUUGAUUAGAAACACAGAGCUGAAUGUAUUUACACAUGUCAAAUAGAGAUGGCAUUGGCACUGAAAAUAAAACUUGAAUGAAUGGUCAAUAUGGCCACUUGUGGAGCUUUAAGAAUUUCCAAUAUAUUGCAGCUGAUGCACAAAAGCAUACUGUGUUUUUAUUUUUUAAUACCUCAUCAUCACACUCCCGCCAGAUAAAUAGUUUUUUUAAUAGUUCUCAUCAGAAUUCAUUUUAGAUUUGAUACUGAUUUCACCGUGUAAAUGUUUUGUGUUUAAUUUCAAAUUUUUCAUUUUAUUGUUUAAACUUCACAAGUAAGCAGUGUAAUUAGUAGGAUGGGAUGCAUUAAGGAAGAUAUGAUAUGAUAAGAUAUUAAGUGCGCAAGAUAAAUCAAUGUCACUGUAUGCAAUGGAGUUACUGUAAAUGAAAGAUACAUGCAAUGAUCACUGUAUAAAAUCAGCUGCUUGUUUCACUUUAUAAAUACAGGCAUGUUCAGUUAAUGAUAUAUGCUGCAUUAAAUGUCUUCUGAUAAAACCCA